AUGAUUCACAACGCCAAUCUCAAUUGGUGUAAAUUUGUGAUGACUCACAUGUUCACGGCCACCUCCGACAAUCGGCCGCUCCCCUAUGCCCUCCUUGUCAUGGCAAUUCUUGAAGAAUACAACAUCAAAACCGAUGUUGGGCCAAAGGUAAAGGGGACAAAGCACUGGGAGAUUGAUGAGUCUUCUUUCUACUCACGCACCGACGAGACUCCGUUUCGACAGCCUCGUCCACGCUGCCAACCGAGAGCCACUGCCUUAGCCGCCACCACAUCGACCAAUCCUUCUCUCGCCGAGCAAAUGGCAGCCUUAACCGCCACUCUCUCUCGGAUUGACACCAACGUCUCCAAAACGGCGCACAACGUCAAUACCUUGAGUCGUGAACUUCACGGGUAUUUUGACUUUGUCAAUUACCCGUACGCUCAAAUGGUCCCUUACGUUCCUCCAACGAAUUUCGGAGGUGAACAAAGUGGGACUCAAAACGUUGGAAGAGAAGACGAGGUGGACGAUGGUGACGAUGAUGAUGAUGAUGAUGAUGAUGGCGAUGAAGAAGAAGAAGAAGAAGAAGACAUUGACGAAGAACAACUUCUCAAUGAUCUUUCCCCGGAUUUCUAGAGCUCUAGCUCUACUUUCUUCUCUUCCUUAUUUUAUAAUUUUUAAUGCUUUUGCUAUGUACUCCGCCUUUUCCCUUAAUUAAUUAAUAAAAAUCUUUAUGAUUUUUGUUGUUAACAAUCUUUUUGUUAAUGUCAAAAGGGGGAAGAUAAGGGCUAUGCAUAUUUUCAGGGGGAAUUUUGUUUCAAAAAGAUCAAAACCCUAUGCAUAUCCCUGUCUUGUUUGCCAUAAUCAAAAAGGGGGAAAUUG